AUGUCCGACGGAAAACAGUCUGGGCUCUCCGAGCCCAGCCACGCAGUGGAGAGUGCACACCUUGCUCAUCACGAGCUACCCGAUGACAUGUCGAUCCAAUACGAGGGGACACUUGACCACGCACCGACAACUUCUCACGGCACCUAUCUGGACGGGAUAAACGAAGGCCUCGAGCCAUUGGAAGAAUAUCAAGAAGGCGGAUACCAUCCCGUCCAUCUCGGCGACACGCUCAGCACAUCUGGCCGGUACCGCGUCAUUCACAAGCUAGGCCAUGGCGGCUUCGGAACCGUGUGGCUCUGCCGGGACCUGAAGGAUCCCGGAUACGUCGCCGUCAAGAGCGCUCUGGCUAUGAGCUUAUUGCAUAAGCGGGGCCUCUGCCAUGGAGACUUCCGACCAGCCAAUAUCCUGGUGAAGCUGGCCAACCUCAACCAGCUGUCUGAGAAUGAAUUGCUCUCCAUUUUGGGCCAGCCUCAGAAAACCCAUGUGCGCACCGAGUCUGGUGAGGAUCUCCCAGAAUCCUCACCACGCUACCUAGUAAUUCCCACCGACACCUCUCAUCUCAGUGACGAGUAUCUGACCGACAAAAUUUGCGUCAUCGACUUCGGCGAAUCUUUCCCAAUAUCAUUGCCUCCGGCCGAACUGGGCAUCCCCGAGAAUUACCUUCCGCCCGAGAUUAUUCUAGACCAAGGGAACGCCGUUUCCAAAGCCUGUGACAUAUGGGCGCUUGGUUGCACCUUGUUUGAGAUCCGGGAACAGCUUGCUCUCUUCUACAUGAUCUUCGACAAGGAUGAGCUGCUGGCGGAGAUUGUGCGGUUCUUCGGAAAACCGCCCAAGGAGUGGUGGGACAGGUGGGAGGCGCGGCAGGAAUCCUUCGACGAGCAGGGAACGUGGCUCCGACGUGGGGAUGAUGAGGAGUGGUCACUUGAGGUGGCGUUGAGCAAGCCUAUUGAGACAUUCCUUCCGGGCGUGGAUAACAAACAAGAGGUGCAGAAGUCGUUGGUCACCCACAAGGCGGAACAGGAACUGAUGGCGGAUCUUCUGUACAAGCUGUUUCGCUACGAACCGCAGAAACGCCUGUCGGCCGAGGAGGUUUUGGCGCAUGAAUGGUUCAAGAUGCGACUUAAUGUUCUUGACUGCAACCCAAACAAGUCGUCACAGAUCAGCAAUCUUGGGAAGGAGUUUUGGGGGACUAGAAUACGACCUUUCGUUGCACUAUGUAUUUCUGUUGAGGAUGUCAGUAUGCCAACUCUGCUAUAG